UUUCACUUCAUAGUGUCUGUUGCACAGCAGAGUACAUGCACACAGAAAGCUGCUCCACAGGCUCUUCUUGAUUCCUGUGGUGACAGGCAGUGUUGCUCAACCUACUGGAAAUAGGUGUUAACAGGGGGUAAAAUAGCAAAACAAGACUGUGGGGUGUAGUUUUAUGAAGAGAACCACAAGAGGGACAUUAGAGGCUGGACACAUGUGUUUUUACUGGCCUUCCGGGAAGAAGAAAAAAGGCCUGUUUCCUGUGUGGGACUGAGGGUGGGUUGUGAUUUCAGAGCAGCCUGAAAGCAGAGGCUCCUCCUGUUAGCAUCUCAGAGGAUGUGUGAAUGAAGACCACAACACACCACAACCAAGAGAGAAAGAGGAGGCCCAACUGAUGAGUGACUAUUUGAAACUAGUCUGGUUAUAAUUUUUACCCAGGGAUGGAUAAGGAUGGCUAUGAUGGUGGGAAGCCAAAGACUUUUGUUUCUACUUUCCGGUUGGCCCUCAAGCCUCAAGCCAGAACUUUCUGUGUAGAGAAGCAGAAAGGUUUAGAAGAUGGACUGGACACCAGUGACAGGACGUUAAUGGGAAACAACAAACUGGGAGUCUUAUCAACAACAGAUUCCAGGCUGACAACCCUGCAGGCGCUUGAAACGCCUCGCUUCAAACAACCACUCAGGGACUGUGCAGUUUUUGAAGGAAGUAAUGCUACUUUUCAAGGUGUUAUCACAGGAAGUCAACCUCUGAGCAUUUCCUGGCUACACAAUGGGGAGGAGGUACACUCAAAUACAUCCUUCAAAAAUGGUGUUGCCAGUCUGACUUUGACUCAGUGUUCACCUGGAGAUGCCGGCACGUAUAUCUGCAUAGCUGAGAACACUGUUGGGAAACAAUCAAGCGGUGCUGUGUUACAUAUCACAGCAACAAAGAAUAUCCCCAGAGCAACCAACCAUGAGCUGCACAGUGAGGUGUCCUUAGCUUCUAAAGAGAGGAACCAGCACAGAGAAGAAGAAGACAAAGUCUCCACAGCUAUCAGAGAUAUCAGCCUGCAAACAAAAGUCUCCACAAGCAAAGGGCCUCCUGUGGAGUUUGUAGACCCACCAGACAAGGUGGAGGUUCGAGUAGGAGAGCAGGCCCGGCUACACUGUGAGUUCAGGAGCAGCUGUGUCCCUGUGGCCUGCUGCUGGAUUUACAAAAAAGGCAAGGUGGUGGUAGGAGGGCCAAGGAUGUCUGUAUGGAGCAGUGACACACAAAGCGGUGUGGAGAUCUCUCAGGCCCGUCAGGAUGACACAGGCUCGUACACCGUUAUAGUGCGAAACAGAAAAGGCUCUGCCCAGCAUACCGUCUCCCUCAGUGUAAUAGACCGCCCUGACCCACCAGCAUCCCAGCCUGUAGUUUCCAAGCUGUCCACUCAGUCUCUGGUCCUGUCCUGGACGGGCCCCAGCUACGAUGGAGGUACAGCAGUGUUGGGCUACAACGUGGAGGUCAGACAAGAGGGCCAGGACAAGCCUGAGACCUGGACUGAAGUAACAAAUUGUUGCAAAAGCACAACCCACCACAUACAUUCAGGCCUGGAACCUCUGGGACAGUACCGCUUCCGUGUCAGAGCCUACAACUCAGCAGGGGUCAGCGAACCAAGCCAGGAGUCUGAGUGUGUCAAGAUGGCGAAUUCAAAGGAAAAAAAGAAGGAAGAAUCUGAGUCGUACAUAACAGUGACCAUUGACACCGAACACAAGGCCAAGGACCACUACAAUGUGCAUGAGAGGCUGGGAGUUGGGAAGUUUGGCCAGGUGUUCCUGAUGUCCCACAAAGACACGGGUCAGAAAGUUGCGGGAAAGUUCUACCGAGCCCGAACCUCCAAGGAGAGGGCGGCAGCUCGCAAAGAGAUCAAACUAAUGAACCGUCUUCACCACCCAAAACUGGUCCAAUGUCUGGCUGCCUAUGAAACACGCUCUGAGAUGGUCAUGGUCAUGGAGUAUAUUGAAGGUGGCGAACUCUUUGAACGCAUCGUGGAUGACAACUUUGAGCACACAGAGCCCACCAGUGCCCACUACAUGCACCAGAUCCUGGAAGGCAUGCAGUAUGUUCACAAGCAGAAUAUUGUCCACCUAGACCUCAAACCAGAGAACAUCAUCUGUAUGGAUACAACUGGUACACGUAUCAAGAUCAUCGACUUUGGCUUGGCUCGUGAACUGGAGGAGGGUAAACCUCUGCAGGUGAUGCAUGGUACGCCCGAGUUUGUGGCCCCUGAGGUGAUCAACUAUGAGUCUGUGGGCCUGGAGACGGACAUGUGGAGCAUCGGAGUCAUCUGCUUUGUCUUGCUCAGUGGAGAAUCACCUUUCCAGGGGAACAACGAUGCUGAGACUUUGGCUCUUGUGACUGCUGCCACCUUUGAGUUUGACCAGGAGAGUUUUGAGGACAUCUCUGAUCAAGCUAAAGACUUUAUCAGCUCCCUGUUGAAAAAAGACCGGAGAUGCAGGUUGUCAUGUACCGAGGCCCUCGCCCACCACUGGAUGGCCUCUUUUACCCCACUGAACCACAGACCCUCCAAAUCCCUUAAAAAGGCGAAGAUGAGACGCUUUCUGGCCAAGCGCAAGUGGAAGAAAACUGGCAAGGCUGUUUUGGCCCUACAGCGGAUGUCUAAUCUCUCUAACAGGCCAGACUCUCCUGGCAGCUCCUCAGAGGGCUGGAGCCAAGAGGCAGAGAAGGCCAUCCAGUCACUGGAUAAGCAGCUUCAGAGUGAACCCCGCUUCCAGCAUGCCCUGAAGGACGCCACCCUUCCCAAAGGAGCAACAGCUCGGCUAACAUGCCUCGUGAAUGGUUACCCACAGCCGAAGGUAAAGUGGCUGCAGAAUGAGAAGCCGGUGUCUGAAUCAAACAGAGUGACCAUAGAGCAACAUGAAGACGGGCUCUGCUCUCUGGUUCUGGCUGGUUUGGAGCCUUCUGACUCUGGGGUUUAUGUGUGCAGGGCCAGCAACAAGCUGGGGGAAGCAAUGUGCUCUGCCAAACUGAAAGUGGAGAUAUGAUUGUGGAGAACCAGUGAAGGCAACAACUUAAGAUUUCCUUUAUUUGGAUAAAGCCUGGACUUUGACGUGACACAGCUCAGUGCACAGAUUGACAAUUAUUAACUCACUCCCACACUUAAACCCUGCUUACACAAAAUAUCUAGGCAGAAAAGGUGUGUUUGGAGAGAAUAAUUGGGUUUGGACACGCAUACCCAGCGCCCUUUUUGUUUCACAAGCUAACAGUUACUAGUGCACCAAGUCUGUAUUCUUUAAAUAUGUAGUCAGCAUGUUUAGCAAGGUUUUGUUGCACUGAAACAAGGUGAUAUCAUGCAACUGUGGCUGACCUCAGCACCGUUCACACAAGUCACAUUAAAAUUGUACAUUUUGCAUAUUGUUCAGAUGUAAAUGUUUUUAAAAU